GCUGCUUUCUCCUUAAUGGCAUCCUUCUAAUUCUGAUGUCUACCAUUCAAGCCAUACCACCACCAAACCCUGUCCAGUGCAACUCAACCGGUUGCAUCCUUCACAAUUCUUAUGGGGUAUGGGGAGACCGAAAAGAUUGCUAUGUUUCCGGCGUUGUUUAUCCGACAACGGAGGAAGAACUCCGGUUUGCAGUAGCCAAUGCAAACAAGAACAAGCAGAAGGUGAAAGUUGUGACCAAAUUUUCACAUACUAUUCCAAAAUUGGCAUGUCCCACUAGUACUGCUUCCAUACUGGCUGAUCAAAAUGCAACCCUGAUUAGUACUGAAAAGUACAGCUCAGAUAUAAACAUCGAUGCGGCGAAUAUGGCUGUCACGGCUGAUUCAGGAGUACCACUUAGGGAUCUUAUUGAUAAGGUGGAAGCAGCAGGGCUGAGUUUGGUGGCUUCGCCGUAUUGGGAAGGGGUGACUGUUGCCGGGCUAAUUAGCACCGGAGCUCAUGGAAGUUCGUGGUGGGGCGCUGGUGGAGCCGUUCAUGAUCAUGUUAUUGGCCUAAGCCUAAUUAUUCCUGCAACGGCAUCGGAAGGAUAUGCCAAGGUUAUCAGUCUGAAUCACCAAGACCCACUCCUGAAUGCUGCCAAAGUUUCGCUUGGAAUGCUUGGUGUCAUUUCUAAGGUAACCUUUUCUUUGGAGCCGGCUUUCAAACGCAGUAUUACUUACAAUUUUACAAGUGAUGAUCAUAUUGAAGAUCAAGUGUUUGACCAUGCAAAGAAACACGAAUUUGGAGAUAUUCAAUGGUAUCCGUCCAGACAUACUGUUGUGUACAGAUAUGAUGAUAGGGUUCCAUUGAGUACUGCUGGUAAUGGAGUCAAUGAUUUCAUAGGUUUCCAACCCAAUGCAAUUCUUAUCUCCCAGUCAGUUCGAGCAUCAGAGAAAUCAUUUGAAAACGCAAGAAAUGCCAAUGGAAAAUGCACAUUAGCAUCUUCUUUCGUGGCUUACAAGAAAUUAACAGCAAAUGGAUUAAAGAACAACCUUAUCUUUACUGGAUAUCCAGUAGUGGGUCGACAAGGAAAAAUGCAGACUUCAGGUUCUUGUUUAAAUUCAUCACCUGCAAGAAUUGACCAGGCAUGUUCUUGGGAUCCAAGAAUUAAAGGGCUAUUCUUUUAUGAGUCAACAGCAAUAUUUCCAGCUACAAAAUUUAUUGAUUUUCUACGUGACGUGAGAAAACUGAGGGACUUGAAACCAGAAAAUUUCUGUGGGGUGGACAUCUAUAAUGGUUUUCUGAUACGUUUUAUCAAAGCAUCAAAAGCAUAUCUAGGACAAUCUGAAGACUCAGUGGUGGUAGAUUUUAACUAUUAUCGAGCUGAUGAUCCUUCAACUCCACGCUUGAACCAAGAUGUUUGGGAAGAAGUGGAGCAAAUGGCUUUUAUUAAGUAUGGUGCUAGGCCUCACUGGGCUAAGAACAGAAAUGUGGCAUUUUUGGAUGUGCAAAAUAAGUAUCCCAAUUUUAACAGAUUUGUUGCUGCAAAGGAGCAAUUAGAUCCUCAAAACCUGUUCUCUAGUGAAUGGUCGGAUCAAAUAUUGUUUGGGAGACAAUCAAACAAAGCUGAUGGCUGUGCUCUAGAGGGGCAAUGUAUUUGCUCGGAGGACAGACAUUGUAGCCCCGAGAAAGGUUAUUUUUGUCGAUCCGGCCUUGUUUAUACUGAAGCUCGUGUGUGCAGGUAUUCAAUGUCUGCGGUACAUUGAUGAAGAUUACUGGAAGAAUCCGUAGAAGUUGGUAGAAAAGUACCAAAGAAUUAAGAAAGAAGCCGGGAACAACCCAGGACAGAAAUCAAGAUUUGUUCAGUUCUUCUGGAUCUUAGCCGAGAACUCCAGUUUUCACAGUUCUAUCAGGGGAAAAAAAUGUUUCCUAUUUGCUUUAUUCAGUCAUCAUUGAAGUUAUGGACUACACAACCAAAGUUGUAUGCUUGUGCGAGGACAUAGUUAACGGUAUAACACUCAAUUUUUCAACGAUGGUAUGAUGAAAAGAAACAAAGGUACAAAUUUGAGUUGAAAGAUAUUGGAAAGUCCU